GCCCUCACUCUGCGUGUCCUUCUCUUUGCAGAGGGAUGCUAGCAGUGCCUCGGAAUGCCUUAUGUAGACCGUCAGAAUCGAAUUUGCGGAUUCCUGGACAUUGAGGAUAAUGAAACCUGUGGAAAGUUCCUGCGCCGGUAUUUUAUUCUGGAUACCAAAAUCAACAGUCUUUUGUGGUACAUGGACAAUCCUCAGAAUCUGGCUGUGGGCUCAAAAGCAGUAGGAUCUCUACAACUGACCUACAUCUCUAAGGUCAGCGUGGCUACCCCCAAACAAAAGCCGAAAACACCAUUCUGUUUUGUUAUCAACGCCUUGUCUCAGCGCUAUGUCUUGCAAGCAAAUGACCAAAAAGAUCUCCAGGACUGGGUGGAAGCGUUGAAUACUGCCAGCAAGAUUACGGUGCCGAAGCAUGGAAGUUUGUCGCUAGCCACAGAAGCAGGAAGGCACCCAUAUAAGACUGAGAUCAUUGGAGGAGUCGUCGUGCAGACACCCAUCUCGGUCAACCAGAAUGGAGGAGAUGGCUCUGAAGGCCACGAGCUUUCAUCUCACCCUUUGUUGAAGCGGUCCCAGAGUUACAACCCCGGUACCAAAACACCAGUGGGACCUGUAGCCCUCAAGAGCGGUUAUUGUGUCAAGCAAGGGAACGUAAGAAAGAGCUGGAAGCGUCGUUACUUCAUGCUGGAUGAAACUUCUGUCAACUAUUUCAAAUGCGAGCAGGAUAAAGAGCCCUUGCGGUCAAUCCUCCUGAAGGAUGUUCUGAAGACUCAUGAAUGUCUCGUCAAAUCUGGUGACCUUCUAAUGAGGGACAAUCUCUUCGAAAUUAUAACAAGCUACCGGACCUUCUAUAUCCAGGCCUACAGCCCUGAAGACAUGAAAAGUUGGAUCAAAGAGAUUUCGGGUGCGGUGCAGGCAUUAAAGAGCUGUCCCAGAGAAAUGCCUUUGGUGAGAUCAGUGUCAAUGGAUAAACGAGGAAGUCCCACCUUGUCCAGCUCCACCACGUCGUCCAUUGCGUGGCUAAAGCAGCGAGGAGAGGAGUCCAGGGUUGGUCACAAAGGUCCCUCCACUUCUUGCUGGCUGCCCUGGAUGCCUGUGCCACAGUUGGAGGAGAAGCAACAGCCAGCAUCCAAGGAACAGGCUGAAGAGCUGAGCAACUCUGGGUUUGCCCCUGUGUCUGCUGAACGAGAUGCUGGUGAGACCCAGGUCAGGCGUAUCCGACACAGGUCGGAACCCCAGAGCUUUAAAGAGCACCGCUUUCUGAUUGACUUGGAGGAUGAAAACAUCCGAACCUCAGAUGUGUGAUUGUGCAGCAAGGCGGACGUUGCCAGGAAACAGGCAUUUUAAGGAUGGGAUGUUCUGGAUGAACACUAGUUAGCUUGCACCAGCUCCAGACGGAACAGAUACUGCAACGCAACAAAUUUAAAGCGGAGAAGAAUCUACACUUACAUGUGGAUUGUAUGUUCUGCUGGAGUCUUCU